UACAACGUGUUCAACGCAGAAAAAGCGAAAGUAUCAUUGGUCGGCGCUUUAGUGGUGAAUACGAACGACGUGGGAUUUUACGUGUUCAGGGCCAACUGUGGCGAAGUGAUUAAGUCGCAUGAAGUGGCUAUCAAGGACGAGGACACGUCGCUGGAGGGAUGGUUUGAACAGGACCCGAUGACGAUACUGAGCGCCGUCGAGGAGUGCAUUGCCAACACGACGUCCCCGGGCGGAAUGGUGAUGGGCGCGCGCGUGGUCGCUGUGGGCAUAGCUAACCACCGAGGUUCCGUGUUAGCAUGGAACAGGCGUACCGGCAAACCACUUUGCAACGUGAUACUUUGGUCGGACCAUCGGGCAGCCGCCAUGGUGGACGAAUACAUGAAGACCAGCGAUAAAUACCGGUUUCAGGGKGUGUGCGGCCUACCAUUCAGCCCUCACUUCAGUGCGUUCAAAAUCAAGUGGUUACUGGUCAACGAUGUCAACGUGAUGUCCGCCUACCGGGCCGGUGACUGUUACUUUGGUACAAUCGAUUCUUGGCUGUUGUAUAAAUUGACUGGAGGCAACGAGGGAGGAGUAUUUGCUACUGAUACUUCAAACGCUUCGUAUACAUUUUUAAUGAACAUUAACACGUUGAAGUGGGAUAAAAAACUGUUGUCGUUUUUUGGUAUUUUUGAAAAAUGUCUCCCAAAAAUAAAAACUAGUUCUGAAAUCUUCGGAAAUAUUUCCAGUGGAUAUCUUAAUGAUACGCCAAUAUCUGGUGUGAUUGGAAACAGCCAAGCCGCUCUAAUCGGCCAAAGAUGCUUUCGAAGUGGUCUUACGAAAGGUACACUCGAUAAAAGUGGUUCAAUAUUCACGAUUACUGGGGAAGACAAAGUUUUCUCCAAAAAUGGACUACUGACAACAAUUGCGUAUCGACUGGAUUCGAGGCCGAUAUUUGCAUUAGAAGGUCCAAUUGCUUCGGUAGGACAUACUAUAGAUUGGGUUAAAAUAUGUUUGAAUGUCAGAGAAUCUGAAUGUUGGGCUAAAAAGGCAAAAGACAGAUUACAAAAUGAAGUAUACUUGGUGCCAGCAUAUAAUGGUUUGUAUGCUCCACAUUGGAGACAUGAAGCUCGAACUGUCUUAGUUGGAUGUAAUGAGUAUACUAUUAAUGAUGACAUUUUAAAAGCAGCCAUGAAAUCCGUGUGCUAUCAAACUAAAGAUAUUGUUGAAGCUUUAAAUAGUGACCUAAAAAUGUCUAUUGACAAAAUACAAAUCGACGGUUACUUAUCAGAUGACAAAUUUAUCAUGCAAUACCUAUCUGAUAUAACAAACUCUCAAAUUGAAGUAGCCAAGUUUAAAAAUGGGACUGCAUUGGGCGCUGCUAUGGCAGCUGGUUACGCACCUGAAAUAAACGUCUGGAACGCUCUGUGUAUGCCAGAAGACAAUGGUGAAAUUUAUUAUCCUAAUAUGACGGUCGAUGAACGGAAAAGUAAAAUGUUUGAUUGGAAGAGAGCUUUGCGGAGAAGUUACGACUGGAUUGGUUAUAACAACAAGUUGAAAAAUUUUUGGGCGAUCGCGUCUAUUACAAGUGGAUUAAUUUUAUUAGGAGGUUAUUUAAUUCUAAAAAAAUAA